AUGUCAAAUAGUGAUUUUCAACAACAAAUUGAUAAUUUUCAUACUAACUUGACAAAAUUAUCUAUUAUAUCUUGGACAACAAAUGAUGUUGAACAAUGGCUUUGUUCAAUUAAUUUAUCAAAUUUUAUUGAUAAAUUUUGUAAACAAAAUGGUAUCGAUGGUUUAACAUUACUUCUUAUGAAAGAAAAUGAUCUUAAACAAGAACCAUUAGCUAUUCAACGUUUAGUUGAUAUUAAAAAAUUAUGGUAUCAUAUACGUAUAUUACAAUGUAAACAAAAUGAUUUUUAUUCACCAUUAAAUAUUUCUACAUCAUGUUUAUUUAAUGAAAAUAAUGAACAACAAAUUGAUUUAUUUCAAACAUUAAAACAACAAAAUUAUGUUGAUAAUACUUUAAAACAUAAUCAUUCAUCAUUAUCACCAACUCAUUUACGUGAAUCAAAUGUACAUAAUACGUAUAAUUCAUGUCAAAUAUCUAAUCAACAAAAAUCUAUUUUAAAUAAGUUAAAUGGUGAAAAACAAAAAUUAUUAGUCAGUUUUAUUUAUGCAUUAGUUAGUGGCAUAUGGACAUCAUUUAUUAUGGUUGUUGUACACAAUCGUGUACCCAAUGUACAAAAAUACCCACCAUUGCCUGAUCUAUUUCUUGAUAAUAUUCCACAUAUUUCUUGGGCAUAUGCUGUUAGUGAAUAUAUUAUUGUUGUUAUGAGUUUUAUAUUUUUAUUGAUUUUAAUGUUUCAUAAAUAUUGGAAUAUUAUACUACGAAGAUUUUUUGCACUUUGUGGAACAAUAUAUUUUCUACGAUCAAUAACUAUGUUAGUUACAUCAUUGAGUGUACCCGGUCAUCAUCUUGAUUGUACUCCAUUGAAAUAUGGCAUGUCUGGAGAAAUUUUAUCUCGUUGUAUACAAAUAUUUCUUUUUCAAGGAUUAUCAAAUCAACGUGUACGUUCGUGUGGCGAUUAUAUGUUUUCUGGUCAUACAGUUAUAUUAACAUUAUUAAAUCAUUGUAUUACAGAAUAUACAACAUCUGAUUUUUAUGUAAUACAUUUACUUUCAUGGUUCUGUAAUAUAUUUGGUAUGAUAUUAAUUCUUGCAGCACAUGAACAUUAUUCCAUUGAUGUAUUUAUUGCAUUUUUUUUAACAAGUCGUUUAUUUCUAUAUUAUCAUUCAUUAGCUAAUAAUGCUGUUUUACAUUCAAAAUCAGAUAAUCGUUUAUCAAUAUGGUUUCCAAUGUUUUCAUAUUUUGAAAAAAAUAUUCAACGUAUGGUGCCUAAUAUAUUGCGUGUACCAUGGCCAUUAACAUUCAUUUAUACACAUGAUGAAAAUAAGGAGGAAUAA